UGUGUGACUUGGGGGAGUGGUCAGAGUCAUACACAUCCUAUCCUUAUAUAGAAGACACUAUUGACACACUUCUUUAACUUACACACACACACACACACCACACAGAGCUCAUACUAUAAAUCAAGUUCUGAGUGAGAGAGCGAGAGCAAAGGAGGAGGAGAGAAAAGGAUGCUCGUAGCAGGUGCCAAAUAUUGAGGGAGACGAGAGCAAGAGAAUCAGACGGAGUGUGAGGAUGGAGCAGAGCUCUCACUGAACAUUCAGCCACAGGUUUUCGUAUAGUCCGUCUCUGGUUUAUAAUAGUUUGUGUAUUUGGGCUCGUGUGUCUCUGCUCUACGAUGCUGUGCUCUGCUGUUCUGGCAGUGCUGCUCUUGCUGGCACCACUGAAACCCAGCCACAGCCGAAGCCUUCACACCCCUGACCGGGCCAUGCAGGUCAUCGAGCAGUUCCUUGAGCGUUACAAUGACCUUUUGACCCUAGAUGACCUGGAUAAUCUCACCAGUGACCAAUCAGAAGAGCCGGUGCAGGUCUUUAAUUCUGGUGUAAAAGUUGCCGAAAAUCCAAAAUGGAUUGAUAUACCUGUGCAGAAUGAAAACUCCUUGGUCCGUCUCCUCAAGGGAGCUCUGGCCAAUCAAAAGCGAGCUUUGUCAGACAGGUCUCGGAGGGGUUGGAACCGAGGUUGCUUUGGCUUGAAGCUAGACCGGAUCGGAUCUAUGAGUGGCCUCGGCUGCUAAUGACAAACAGAGGGACAAAGCAACGGCUUCUAAGUGUCAAGUAGAUGCUCUUCAUAGUGACAGUCUACAGUCAGUUUCUCUCAUCUAUAUGGCGAUGUUCUCUUACAGUUUCUUUCACUACAUUUUCCCUUUUCACAGAGGUGAUAUGUUGUCAUACUGUAUUGUAAAUUGUUUAUUAAAAAAGUGCUGUAACAUUUUAGUGAUUUUAGUUCUGUCUUUACUGUGAUGGUAGAGGAGUGAAAGUAUGUUUUGUGUACUUUUGUUUGUGUGUUGUUAGAUACCACACAUGGAUUGUAUUAGAUCAUAGUGAAUGGGAUUAUAUUUCAUACUAAAAUAUAUAUUAUAUAUUGAACUACCUAUGAACUGUAUUUCAUACUGUUUUGAAGGAUAUGCAUGAGCAAAACUAACACAGUUCAACCUUAUAUUUGUGUAUAUUUGGCAUGAAUAAAACCGUUAAAUGUGUUAAGUA